AUGUCAUGUAUGCUCAAAUGCAUGUUGCACCUUUCUCCUUUUCUACUAGUAUUUGGAAGAGCAAUACACGCCAUAGCACGUAUUAGUGAUGAAUUUUGGUUUGAUCCAGUAGAAAAAGGUCUUGCCUUAAGAUCAGUGAAUUCUUCUAGGUCAGCCUAUGCAUAUGUCUUCUUUUCAUCUAUGUUUUUUCAACAUUACUGCUGGACAGCUGUAUCUGAAUCAUGUCAGAAGGAAAAACAGUUACCCCUUCCGUGUAAAUUGAUAAUUAAGUCAGUUCUUCCUGUAUUUAGAUGUGUAAACGUGCUGGAAAGGAAUGUGGAGAAAUGCAACAUUUAUACAAAUAUUAAUGAUCAUCACAUAACUUUUCAGCUCAUCUGUAAACAUGGUGUUGUAAAAACACAUAAUCUGACUUUUCAAGAAUGUGAUCCACUACAGGCUGUUUUUGCAAAGCACAUGUGUCCAAAUAUACUUAAAGUCCAAUCCAGGCUGCUGGCUGAUGUAAUGAUUCACUUUCCAAUGAGUCAAGAAGAAGUAACCCUAGCAGUUACUCCAAUGAAAGUUUGUUUCAAGAGUUACACCGAGGAAGACGCUGACUUUUCAAAGGCAAUGCAUACUGAAAUACAACUAAAUCCAGAUGAAUUUGACUACUUUCAAGUUGGUGUGGAUUCUGAAGUAACAUUUUGCCUUAAGGAAUUGAGGGGACUACUAGCAUUUUCAGAAGCUACCAGUACUCCUGUCUCAAUCCAUUUUGACAUACCUGGGAAACCAAUUGCUUUCAGCACUGAAGAUAUGGUGCUGGAAGCCAGCUUUAUUUUGGCUACCUUAUCCGAUGUUGAAAAGGAGACAGCCUCUGAACAGCCUCCAUGCUUUUCACAAAGGCAGGAAAGCUUGAAGACAUAUAUGAGUAAAUCUGAAAAAACCUCCGUGGACAGAGAUAAUAAUUCAGAAGCGGUAGCUUCCAGAAAGCCACAAUGGAACAGAAAUUCACAAAACACAGAGCCAGUAGCACCUAGAAGUCCUUUGGCAAAACAAGAGAUAAAAAGUAUUCUCAAAACCUCGAAUAAAGAUACUGCUUGCAUAGAAGGACCUACCAUAACUGAAACUGAUGACUAUACAAUGCUGGAAGCAAGAUCAACACAUUCUGAUUAUCACAAGUUUCAUUCCUUGUUUUUUGGAGCAGUCUCUUUUAAGGAGAAAGAUGCCAUCAACCACAUCUUCCAUAGUUUAGCAACAGCUAGUGACACUGAAGAGGAUUCUGUCAAUUUGCAGAGAUCCCAAGUUCUCUAAUAACAUGAAGUGUCUGCAAUAGUCUUUCCUUAGAGAUUACAAUUGCUUUCAAAGAUAGAAGCAUAUUUGACAUGGUAAUUGUAGAGCUGUUUUUAGUUUUAGAAAGAAGUUUAAUUCUCUUAUGAAACUGUCCUACUGUUCUUAGACAAGUUAGAACGUAUGAGAAACUUUUACUUGUAUGCUGAGCUUGUAACAGGAUGGUAAACUGAAUUUCACUAACAUCUAUCAAGAGAGUCUGAAAAGUGGAAAAACUACCUCAUUUGUACCCUUCUCCUUCUUUGCAAGACAAACGUACAAAUAGGACAGAACUCUACUUAACGUAUAAUACAAUCAUUUCCUGCCAUGUCAGCACAGGUUAAAUAUUUAUUCACUACUUACGUUUCACAGAAACCUGAUUUUUGAAAUCCAGCUUUAAGAAUUAAGCACAAAAGUAGAGGGUUUUUUUGUAAGCUUUGGUUGGGUUUUCUACUAUUUGUAGUACUAUAUGUUAACCACCAGUACAGGUCAUUCUAAAAUUGUAGGUGUAUUCACAGUGUAAUAUAAAUUUAAGUCAUGACCGACCAGAUUCAGAUUUGUAAGAUGCACUGCUUCACGUUCAGCUCUCCAGUAGUCCACUAGAGAAUUCACGUUGUGCUACCACUUCAGGCAAGUUACA